UAUUAAAUGUCGGGAGCCACGGAUGAAGCAACUCUACAGCAACAUCUCAGUUCACAAUGCCGGCACUUUGGCCCUUGAUACUCGUCAUGUCAAUUGGCAUUACACUCUUCAUCGGCAUGUGAUAUUGUCCCAUCAUGCCCAUCCAUGACAAUUACUAACAAGAGCCAUAGCUUGGAUGAUACUUACAUCAUGUCUAGGUGAAGGAGCUCGUCGUCGUAUCUCGGGCAUGUCAUAUAAUCCUCGAGAAGCCAUAUUUGACAGUAAUUAUAUGGGAGCCAUCACAUCCAAUGGACAAGGAGCUUGGAAUCAAUUCGAGAUGGAAAAUAUGUUGGGAGAUCAUAUUCAACAUUCUGAUUCUGAGUAAUGUUUUUCCAUCUUUUCCAUCCGUCUAAACGCCUGGCUAUUUAAUGAUAUAUACAAUAUCCAUCCGCCCAUGCCCUUGGAGGAAUUUAUCUAUUUAGAAUUCUAUGUCGACUUUUGUGGCUUUUCCACCUUUUCCACCCUUUCCAUCGAUAUCGAUUCCUCCUUUUUGUUCUUCCCCUUCGUCUUCGACGGGUGGUAAACUAUAUGGUUUAAUAACGAGUCCCUUCCUCCUACUCAACGAAAAUGCCAAAUCGUCUCCGGCGAAUCCCGCGCUCCCGCCGCCCUUCUCGUGGAAUAUUGGUAAGCGAUGGACUUUUAACAUUCCUUGUGGAGGCUCUUCUUGAGCGGGAUUGGAGGAGCUGGUGGGUGUGGCUUUGGGAAUGAUGGCUAUGGAAGGAAAGGGAGCGAUUUCGAGAACGCCGUCGCUGAGAAGUUCGAUCCAUUUUGUGAGGGCGGUGGUGCGAGGGUGAAGGGGGAGAGGGAGGGUAAGCAUAAGGGUUAGUUGGGUUGGGUAUUGACGGAGGAGAGCUCGUAGAGCGUGGAAGGAUGUG